UUUUUUUUUUCUUCUUUUUAUUUAUUAUAACGCGGAUGGAAAUGAAAGACUAUUACGAUUUUUUUCGUCAUCGAUACUGUAUAUUAUUUGAAUUCACUACUAAAGAGCUAAGGUCCAUGCAUGUUUCUAACGACAACCAAAACCAUCCCUUUAAGUUUAAAAAAUCUGUUGAUACACCUUCGAUAAUCUAUAAUACCAAUAAUGGUUCUGUUAUUGCUAGAGGAUUAUCGGCAACAACCGCAUCAAAGUCCAAAAGAUAUCAGAAAAAUAUCUGCUAUGUGCCUAACGUUUUUACCGAACUACAUGGUGUCUAUCUAAGGGAGCAACAUGGACUAUACAACAGUCGUAGGCAUGACAUAAUUAUAAUUUAUGCAGUGGUAAAAUGUUUACAAGAUGAAGUGGAUGAUUGGGAAAAGACAUUAGAAAGUUCGAAACAGGAUUUCCGAUAUGCUUUCACAUUGUCGACAAAUUGGGAUAAUAAUAUACAAAAGAAAUUGCUUCAUCCUAUUCUUAUCCUAGCUGGUUUCAUUGAUGAAAAAGAUCAUAAUGAUAGACUUCUUGUUUUCUCAAAAUUAGAAGUCUUAUAUGAGUCAAUCAAAUGGUUCUAUCAUUGCAAUUCUGAAGAUUUAAAAAUAAUAAUUGGCAGGCAAUAUGCGAUAUGUUCGUUAGAUUUCGAUAAUGGAGUCUGUGUGGACUUGGAACUAUUUUCAGUGCAAUACCCUUUACUAACAGCAAUCGACAGCAACUACGUUCCACAGUCAUUGAAGUCAGUUAAUUUCAGAUUGCCUUUCAAAUUAACGGAUAGUAAAGCGUGGAUGAAACGAAUACUUGAAACGCGGUGUAGCACUAAAUUGGCGCCAAAAUUCAUUAAAAUGAUGACUCUUGAAAUCAAAAAUAUUCAAUCUUUCGAUUACACUCAAAGAACACAUCCCCCUCGCAAAUUAUCUAACAAUUCAUAUGGGGAUGUUGCAUUCACAGAAAUGACUGUUCAGGAGUUCUUUGACUAUCAGCCUUUCAAUAGAUUGAAAUAUUUGACUUAUGAAAAGUUUAAUCUGACAAAGACGGAAAUAUCAAAUAUCAAAUUAUUAACUAUGAAUGAUAUUUAUGAUAUUUAUGAAGAGUUCUUUCAUGGUGCGAAAACAUUUUUUAUGGAUCAAAUAGGCGCCCUAUUUAAAGACGUUAGUGGACCAAAAGUAUCCGAGUUGUUUAUUGUAUUUACGGAUAAAUUCAAACAAGGCCGUAACACAUUUGUGUUACUAAAACUGGUUGAGAAGUGGCUUAAAGAAUAUGGCGAUCAGCAGGUUUCUCAUAGAAUAAUGGCACACAAUAAUGAAUCUGAAAGAAAAAUCACCCUUUGUUCAGGGAAAGGGCUACUACAACGUGGAAAAUCCAACAAACACAGGGAUCCAAAAAUAGUAUCAGCGAAUACAAAAGUGGAAUCAUUCAAGCCUAUUUAUUUCAUUAAUAUAGAUUUUUUGCCUACAACUGUAAACCUAUUAAUUACCCAAACGGAAGAGAAUAAUCAAGCUAAAAACCUCGCAGAAAAGGAUCAACUUGAUAUACAACCGUUAAGUAAAUUUUUUAUUCGGCCCAACGUAUAUGGAAGACAAGUACUUUGCAUAUCCAUAUGGAUGAAGCUAUUUAUAAAAGACAAUUUUGGAGAAUAUCUUGAACUGUAUCUAGAUCCUAAUCAACGAACAAAAAUCACGAAUGAGUUUGUUUCUUCUGAAUCAAAUAUACUUGACCAAAUUUUAAGCAAAGUUGGCACAGAAAAGAUAUUUUCAAAAAAAUAUACACCUUCUGCUGGCGAUGACCGUUUGGUGAAUGUCUGUCAUCCAGGUUAUGUAUUCUUUUUUAAGAUAAUGUACUUUCAUCAUCUAAACAGGCUGAUAAAGGAAAAGUUAAACAGUAGUUAUGAAAAUGACUGGAGGAACAAAAAUACAGCAUUUGCCUUUUCGGUUGAAAAGAAGUUAUUUGAUAACGUUUUUGGUUCAGAUGAAACCCUGGACGAACUACUUGUAGCAAGUGGAAUGCUGAAAGCUAAUAACAAAAACCAAAAAGUUCGAGUAUCCAUCUACGGUGAAGAAAUUAUUCAUGCUAUUCAACAUAAACUAAAAGAUGUUAACUUCCAGAUGAAAUCAUACUUUGUUGUUGCACAAGUACACUCAGAUCAUAUUCAACUCACAUUACAUCAAGUCGUUAAGCUAGCAACCUCUGAAGAAAAUGCUGCAACUAUUAUUGUCGACGAUGAAAUAAUACACAUGGAGGAUGUACAUGACACCCUACAUAAAAAAAUUUGGAAAACCUUGAUAUCUAGCAAUAUUUUUGAUUGCUGUUCCAUGCACGAGACUGAAGGGAGUGGUUUGCACAAUUUGAAUCUAUUAAGAGUUUACAAGAAUGCUUAUCAGCAAUUUAAAAUUCUCUUGAUUAAUGCUUUGAGCAUGGACCAGACAACUAUUGACAUGGAUUCCAAGCACGAGUUUAAAAUCUCAAAUGAAUGCAGUUGCAAAAUUACCCUUUUACUUCGGGACAUCAUUGAAAAUGGUAUCAAGCCAGUGAUACAAGACAUAACAACCACCAUAGCGGCUUCAAUGGCUAACACUGAAUUUUUCGGCCAUUAUGAAGUGGGAUCCUUGUUUAUAUUAGGGAAUCCAUUCAGCCUUUCAAAAUGCUCGUCACUUUACGCCGCAUACACCUUGAUAGUUCAAAAAGAAAUAAGUAUUGCUAUGGAGUUAAAGGAAAAAGAUAUAAACGCAUUUGUUCUUCAAGAAUCAUUUUGCCAUUUAUUAAAACCAGUGACACUUACGAGGCCAUAUAUGUACGAUAGGUUCAUUCAAGGAGUUUUAACCGUGAUAUCUAACGCAACGUAUGGGGUACGUUUCGGUGAAAAAUUUCGAUAUCUCUCGUUCAAUUGUAUGAAAAGCAACAAAGUUGGUAAUGUUGCGGUUGCAAGAGAUGGUGAAUAUUUGGUAUUUCUUCAAAAAGAUCUUGUUGAAGUGCCUCAUGUUACUGAUCCAUUACCGGGCAAAUAUGCAAUUUUAAAAGAGGGUAUUGGUGUCUCAAAGGCUAAAUUUUCUUUCGAUCAAGGAGCUAAGAUCAGCCAUAAUCCAAUUAUACUAGACAUCAAACGCGUUAAUUAUAAUUAUACGUUACAAAUAUCAGUUAGAUGGCUAGGAUGUUGUGCUGACAGUCAAGACAUAUCAAUUAAGAAUCUUAUGAUUAUAGAAGAUCCAUUAACACUUGCCUAUAUAUAGCUGCAACUCAAAAUAAA